AUGGAAGAGCUAUGGAAUGGCGUCAAUUACCAGACCGAAUGGGUUGAGCUACCAGACGUCACAGACGUCCGCAAGAGACUAGGCGCACCCCCGAACCGCACCCAUAGAGACGGCAAUUCGCUUGAAAUCGCACAAUAUCUGGAGAAGACGUAUCCCGACGGUCCUUCAUUAUUCCCUCACGGCUCGACGGUGAGCCAUGACGCGAAAGGGUUUAAUACCCUAGUGGAUACCCUUUUCACCCAGCACGUUGUCCUUUUCAUCCACGGGAUGCCUUUGAACCCGGCCACUGCAAAGGCUUCCAAGGCUACUUUUUGCAAGAGGGCGGGGGUAGACGAUUGGGAGAAGCUUACGGUUCACGGUGAAGAAAGGGUGAAGAUGCUCGAGGACUUCAAGAAAGCGCUUGGAGAAUUGGCGGAGCUUUAUAGAAAGAAUACGGAAGGGCCGUUCCUGGAGGGGGCUACACUAUCGUACGCAGACUUGAUUGUGGGUGCGUGGUUGUCGUUUGUCAAGGCAACGUCGAAGGAGUGGGAGGAUAUCCAGAUGUGACACGAUGGGAUAUUCGGGAAACUCCAUCAAGCGCUGGAGAAAUAUGCGGAGGUUAAUUGAUAACUCAAUGUACAAUAGAAAUACAUCUAUAUUAUUCCCAUUCAUACCCC